UCAUGGAUUGUUGGAUAUUUUGACUUUUUGUUGUUGUUGCGCGUAUAGUUUUCAAAGUGAACGCGCAUGAACAUGUUAUUGCACAGUGUGUUUAUCUCUGGGUGUUCGUGCCUGAGAUGGAUGGCCACAUUGUUUCACGUGGUUCUGUUCCUGCAGCCGGCGGUGUGGGAGACGACCGAGGCCAUCCACCCAGACUGCGCCCUGGUGGUUCAGCACAUGCAGGCUCAGGAGGAUUGUUACCAGAUCCUAAAACAGGAGGAGAGCAACCGCUCCACCAGCACAGGUUGCCCGACAGCGUGGGAUGACAUCCGUUGCUGGUACCGUGCCGAGGUGGGACGGGUGGUCAGCGUCUCUUGUGCCAAUGUCUCCCAGCUGUUUGCUAACAACCAAGGUUACAUCUACAGGAACUGCACCGAGGACGGAUGGUCCGACCUUUACCCCUCAUACGAGGAGGCCUGCGAGUUCACAGAUUACGACGAGACGGAGCCAGAGACAACAUACUUCUCCAACUUCAAGCAGGUGUACACUGCUGGCUACGCUACAUCCCUCAUUUCGCUUAUAUCGGCUAUUUUUGUCUUCACCGUGUUCAGGAAGUUUCACUGCACCAGAAACUACAUCCACAUCAACUUGUUUUUCUCCUUCAUCCUGAGAGCGAGCGCCGUCUUCAUUAAAGAUGGAGUGCUUUUUUCUGAUGAAAACCUGGACCACUGCUUCAUGUCUUCUACCUCCUGUAAAUCCGCCGUGACCUUUUUCCAGUUCAGCAUCCUGGCCAAUUACUUCUGGCUGCUGGUGGAGGGCAUGUAUCUGCAGACGCUACUCGCUCUCACCUUUGUCUUCCAGAAGAAAUACUUCUGGUGGUACAUACUCAUCGGCUGGGGUCUCCCAACAACAAUCAUAACGGCGUGGAUCCUCACUAAAAACUUCUAUGAUAACAAAGGGUGCUGGGAUGACACAGAUGUGGCCUUCAUCUGGUGGAUCAUAAAAGCUCCAAUAACUGCAUCACUACUGGUGAACUUCCUCAUCUUCGUCAAUGUGAUCCGCAUUCUGGUGCAGAAGCUGAGGUCACCUGGUGUCGGUGGCAAUGACGUCAGCCACUUCAAGCGGCUGGCAAAAUCCACUCUGCUCCUCAUCCCUCUGUUCGGGAUGCACUACAUGGUGUUUGCCUUACUGCCGGAAAACACAGGAGCAGAGGCCCGAAUAUUCAUAGAGCUCGGCCUGGGCUCCUUUCAGGGAUUCGUUGUGGCUCUGCUCUACUGCUUUCUAAAUGGCGAGGUGCAGGGAGAAAUGAAGAAGAGGUUCUGGAAGUGGCAGACCCAAAGUUACCUGAGAUACAGUAAACGACGGCGUACGCUGUUCACUGAAAGCAGCACGAUGACUCAGAUCUCCGUCCUGGACAAAUCCAGCUCCAAAGAUCAGGCGGCCUCAGAGACGCACGCCCUGGCCCCCAGCAACGUGUCGACUGUGUGAGGAACAACCCUCAUAGAUUCAUGUGCUGCGUCACAACACCACAAAGCCUGAUCGUUGAAUGUUACCGUACCUCUUCAAUUUGUACGGCACAGAUCAUCUGCGGAAUCGCUCAUUUGUUGACCUUUCACGUUAAACCUUCCCUCAUAAUAUUUGUUAUGUUCAAGUGUACAGGAUAUAGGAUGGGCAGACAGGAAGGUCUUAUAUUAUUUGGGGUCCCUGCUCCUCAUCUUACUCCCAACCACCAAAUAGUCUCUCCCCUUAAAAAAACACCCAUUUUCUUCUUUUCUUCCAUUAGAUAUAUCAAAUAAAAAAGAUCUAAUUUAUAUUCUCGGGAACAAUUCUGAUUAGUUUAUUCUGCCGCAGUCCUUCAAUUUAAUUUGUAAAAUGUUGUGUUUGUGUAGUUUUUUUCUCAUAUUCUCCCAACAUAAUGGAACAUGUGCAUCAACAAAAUACUAAGAUGAUACGUUUUCAUAUACGGUCCCACAAAAGGAUAUGCGACAUGACAUUCUCCCAAUAUUUGCAGAUGAAUUAUUGUUUUUAUGUCUUUGUGUGAAUGUUUGUGGGCAGUUUCAGCCCCUCCAAAAAAAUCAAUAAAUAUCAUAAAUGAUAGAUUACAAACAAGUUACUUUGAAAUAGAUAUGGUGGUAUGCAUAUUUAACAGAUUUGUUCUAUUAUACGUGUACGUUAGUGUUAUUCUUAUAUAAUGUAAUAUUGAAAAAUGUGGACAAAAACGAUAGUGUAUUUUUGCCUUUUUGUUAGCAUAGUUUUAGUAAUUCUACUAAAAGUAAUCCAGAACCUGUUUUCUCUGAGAAUUCAUUUUAGUUGAGUUACUUUCAAGUUGUCGAAUCGUGAUGCUUGUGUAGCUGUCGAUCUAAUUCAUAUCUUUCUUCUGUGUUUUGACGUUUUACAGUACAUUUGGAAAUUAAUAUAUAUAUAGUAUUAUUCACAGAAGGAUAUAUAACAUUACUCAGCUACAGACCGUUAUUGUGCCUUUAUCGUACAGUAUGACUCACUGUUUCUCAGUUCAGGUGGAUUAAACCUAUCGUAUGUUUUGCAUUCCAAACCUGUCUCGCAAAAUCAUAUAUUUAGGAUUGUGAUACUCUACAGUGAACUUCAAAAGUUUCUCUGCGGCAUUACAGAAGUGCUUCAAUGUCAGAUUCAAGAUGAUUGUGAUUACGGGAAGAGCACAAAGCUUUCAUCUGACUUUGAGCUGUGCAGAGACAAAAGUGAAGGAUGAUGAGCUUGUUUUGAUGUCAUGUUUUUUUAAAUUAUAAGUAAGCUCUCUAUGUCGUGUCUGGACAGUGUUAUUUCUAUUUUCUUGCUGGAGAAAGUGACUUGUAUGUUUCCUUCACAGGUUCCAGUUCACUCCACGAAAGCCAGUUUCUCAUUUGCCAUUUUAUUUGUUUUCAUUUGGACAGCUGGUGUUCAUUUUCAUCAACUUUUGGGGAUUUUGGUGUUGAAAAAUUACUCUUAGUUACGACAGGAUAACAUGAUGAAGUGAUCCACUGCAUCAGGACAUUACCAAAGGCACUAAUUCUAGGUGUUAUUGUCAACAUCCGCCAAAAAGACCAAAUCCAACAAUGUGUACUCUCUAUUACUCCCCUACCCUGUCUGCGGCUCUCAGCUACAAGCCCAUUGGUUCCUAGAAGAAGAACAUCUUCUAGAAAAGAGCCUUUCAAAAUAUUUCAAAAACAUCUUCCUGAAAAAACACACUGUCACGAAUAUUACUCCAACUUCUUUCAGCAGUGGAUUAAUACACAUUGUAUUACUCUUUGUCCAACAAGUCUUCAAAAGAGUUGAUGAUUAGAGGUUAACACUGUUGCUCUGGUGACAUCACUGUGUUUUUAUUUUGACUCAAUCCCACUCACACUGUGUGCUUCCGUAAAGGCUCACUAGAGCAACACAUGUGGAUCCAUCGCUGACAAUAGUUGCCAACAAAUAUAUUAUUUAUUCCUGUUUAAGUCACAUUUGCUAACAACUAAUAUUACCAGCUGUUUAAGCAAAUCACUGAGGGGGAAAAAUGAAAUUAUUUUAAAGAUUUUAGUCUUAGGAGGAGCAGCCAAUAGGGCUGAAAGACACAGACAGGGACACGGCUAAUGGGAUAGUAUCAGAGGUUUGAACACAUUUUUGGCAUCUGUCUUUUCAGAGGAUUUGUUUACAAUAAAAUAACAAUUAAAGAAUGAA